CCGAGUCGGCCAGUCGUCUGUGCAACCCUUUGCGAGGUUAGAGCGAGACACAAAUACCCGAUAACGUGCGUUAGAGUGAAAAGGAAGAGUAAGUUUUCAACAGGUCGUUAUUGUUAUUCCGGCUAAAUGGUGAUACCGUGAAAUAAUUCACACUUCAGUUUUACUUUCUUAUCACCUUUGGCUUUGAUUACUUUCAUUUAGCUUUAAAGGUUGGACGCGUCAUUAAUUAACUCUUCAUAAGUGUCAUAAUUAUGACCAGGUGCUAGUCAUGUGCCACUGCAGUAUAAUACUAAUCAUAUUCGACUGGGAUCACGUCUGAUCAGUGAAUUCGUCCAAUAUGUCCUCGAGUGUUGUGAAAUGGCUGUUCCUCAGUCAUGCUUUUAUAUUUGUAUCAAGUAUGUCCGAAGUGUGGGUCGAGCUACGGGCGCCCCGAUUUGUGGUGCAUGGACACAGCGCACAAGUCCGAUGCGAGCAUAACGUUGACCCAGGAACUAUAUACAAGGUUGUCUUCUUCAAGAACAGCCAUCGAAUUAUGCAGUACGUACGAGGAAGAGAUCCGCCAUACGAGUUUUAUAAUUUCUCUGGAGCUGAUAUAAAUUUAAUAAAAGUGACACCGACAUCGCUUACACUAGACAGAAUGGAUUUUAACGCUGCUGGGACCUACGCCUGUGAAAUUGCGAUGGAAAUUCCUUUGUACUCGAAACUCUCAAAAAUACACGAAGUCAAUGUCAUAGUUCGCCAAAAACACCGUCCAAAAAUCAGGAUUAGACAACAGAAGUUAUCACCAAAUGGCGACUUGGAGGCCACCUGUCACAGUUCAGCUGCCUAUCCGGCACCGCAUCUCACAUGGCUGGUCAAUAAUGUUAAGGUGGAUGAAAGGUUAACAAUUCCUCACGGCACAGUCAAUGUCCACCGAUAUCAUCAUGGAAUGCCACUCUCCCUUACCAACUCGUCUUUGCGCUUCCCCCUUUCAAGCCUACAACAUCCGAACCAGACUGUUGACAUCACCUGUCUGAGCACCAUACCUAGUUAUCCAACAGUGGGGGAAGGUUAUGCUGACGUACAGAAUCAGACUAUCACCGUAAAUCUAGUUCGAUUGGAGCCAUCGCCCACUCAACUCCCUGUUAAAAUAUUAAGCAGCGAAGAGAAUAAAUCGGAACGACUUAAAAUAUACAACUAUCUUAUUUUUAUUAUGAUAGUCAUAAUAUACUAGGCUAUUGGGUGUUUAAUGUAUACUGAAAAAAAAACAUUUCCGAAUUCUUAAAUCGAGUUCCGAAAUAACGAAAUAUUUCUUACGAAAUCUAAUUAUUCAUUUGUGAUAAAUUAUAUUAUGCUGUACUUGAGUUUAAUGAAGAUAAUUUACUUACAAAGUUGGCAAAUUAAUGUCACCUUAAGUAGAUAAAUUAUAUAGUAACUUUAUGCUGGUAAUAACAAUUGAUUUAAUUAUUUUAGUUUCCAUACUAUACACGUGGUAAAACAACUGCGAAAAUGUGGCAACUAUAUUGUCAGAAAAUAACGGCUUAGUUUACUAUAUUAGAAAUAAAUUUUAAUUUCAUCUACGAACGUAGAUAGCGCUUCUUUGAAUGCUUUGUAACUUUUACAAACUUAUGUACGCGAAAAUAUGAGACUGAAUAUAAAUUAAAAUUAGGCUUGUCCUAAUUAUGCCCCUUUGAAUUUCGUAUACCCGUUUCGCCUAACCCUUAACAAUCUGAUUUUAUUUAUAGUUAUUAGUUUAUUUCUUAGUUAGUUUGGUCUUCGUAAAUUUUUCUUAUGUAAUAAGUAGAUUAGUCGAAUAUAUAACACUUUAAAGUAAAAACUUGAGUAUUGUGUUCGGUGUUUAUCCCUUUUUUACGUACGACUAAAGCUUUUGGACAUAUUUAUUAUGUAAUAGCGAUCUAUUAAACUUAAUAUAGUAAAUUUUAUGUAUUUGCAACAAUCAAUUCAUGUUUUUAUAACAUAUAUACUUAAGAAUACGUAUCAGGGGUAGCUAUCUCCAUACUACAAUUGGUAAAUCGCGCGUCGAAUAACCUGAUGGGUUUGAUCUCGAAUUAAUAAUGUAAUACAUUUUGAUUCGGUUAAAUUUAAUUCAGUCAUUUAAAAUGGCUUAUUAGCAGAUAUAUUUUAUUUGAUUUGGUCAUUGUUAAGCUAAUAUUAUUAAAUCGCAAACUACAUAAUAUGUUAAAGAUAGCAACUAUUACGCCAUUUAAAACGAUAGGUACCUGAUACAAACGGGCAUGUAUAAAACAAGAACUUGGAGACAUUUUCUAGUGUCUUUCAAGUAAUAUUCUAGCCACUGGUUAAUUUGAAUCAUUAGCCGAUAGUCACGCUUCUAAGUUUAUCACUGUCCAGUAAAACUAUUAUGAUUUCUUUAAUAUUUGAAACUGGGAUACUGCAGUACAUUGUUUUUUUAUUUUAUUCACUGUGUAUAUAAGUAUCAUAGCAGAGUAAUUACUCCGUAUCCGUAGUACGUUGCAUAAUAAAUGUAUUGGGUGGGAAAAUAAAGUUUGUGAAAGUUUGUGUAAGGAACAAGUUCGAAACAAAACAUAUCAUGUUAGGGAGUGAGUAUAUAUUUAUAUAAGUGUUGUGCAUAGUUGGUUGUAAAGCUAAAAGCAUUUGUGUAUCUUUGCUUUUGACGUAGUAGAUAAGUCCGAAAUUGAUACGCUUUUUUGUUUCUGUACAGCUUGAAUGUAUUUAUUCCCAUUUUGAUAUUUUAAGUAAUGUUUCUACAGCUACUAAUACAACGCAGAGCUUUCGUCGUUUCCAUUCAUAGCUAUAGAAAUCAAUGAAGCUCAUACGUAAACUAAUGAAUUCUUUGAGAUUUUGAUUUAAAAUAUAAAAGCUAUAUAUGGAUUUACAAAUAUUUCCUGAAAAGUUAUUUUUAUAAUUGCUUUCUUAUAAUCUCUACUUGUUGCCUACUCGUGAUUUAAACAAACUUGCGAAAGAAAAUAUAAUGCAAAUAUUGAAAGUUUUCAUACAUGAUUUAUUUCCUUCACAUCAAAGAUGGCGUCUAGAUACAAUAAUAUAUUAACAAAUUUAGGCGAAAUUUAUAUGCCCAAGCAUAACUGUGCUAUAUUCUCAACAUAUCGAGUUUUUCACUUUGACAAAUCACUUAUUAAUUAACAAAUACUGGAGAGGUAAGAAAUCUAGUUCCGUGCUUAUACCAUCUUAGAUACGUUCCGAGCGGAUUUAAAUCAAAUUAGUUUAGCAUCCAUACAAACCAUGCCGAUAAAUUAUUAUAGUAUAGUGUAUCGUUUUAACUGUAGCACAAUUUAUAUAGAUGCCUGCCUUUGUAAACCCCUUCUUAUUUAAUAGUAGAAAAUACUUUGAGGUUAAAACUGUCUUGGUACUUUGAUUCGUAAUAUAUUUUUGACUACAGUUAUAUUAAACUUAACUUUAAUGACCUGUCUUUACGAUUU